AUGAAGUUUAUAGAUGAAGUUGACAUUGAAUUAGUCAACCAAGAACUUAAUUUCCAUUCUACUGAUAAUAAUGUUGUUAUAAAAGGAGGUUGUGAUUUAUUCACCACUAAACCUAUUGCUUCUGAUCGUAAAUUAUUUAAAACUAUUGAUAAACACUUGAAUCAGAUUAUUGAAGAUAAUCAGUUAUCCCAAUCGUUAGGACGUGAACGUCACUAUUCGAUGGGGAGUAGUGCUUCUCCUCCAAGUGGACAUCUUCAAUUCCGUCAACAACUUAAUCAAUAUAUGCAACAACAACAACAACAACAACCUUCACAACAGCCUUUACAACAACCAAGUCCUCGUCAAAGUCCUCAGCAACAAUAUUCAACCAUAAAUAAUAGAAGAGCUAGCACAAAUCUGAUUAAUGAACAAGGGAACAGUGACUCUUCAAAAUUAUCGGAUAGCAAUAGUGCCGAAACUUCUUUUGAUAAUUCUAUUGCUGUUGAUGAAUCACCGUUUGGUCCAUUGAAAUCUAAUUCUACUAGGAAGACUUUUGCUUAUCUUAUUGCAAUUUUGAACACAACUUACCCUGAUCAUGAUUUUUCAAAUUUACAACCAACUGAAGAAAAUUUUCAUCGAAUUAACUCUUCAGAGGAUUUAAUCCAUCGUUUUAAUAAUAUAAUGUUAUCUUUGGGUAAAAAAGAAGACUUGUUAAAUUGGAUUUGGGAUACUAUAAAUGUCUAUAUGGACCUUGUACCAACAAAAUCUCCAAUUUUGGCUGCACAUGAUUUCAAAUCAAAAAACAAGGAUCAAGAAAAUAAUAGCCAUCAUCAUCAUCAUCGUCGUAACAGUAAUAACCAUAGACCCCAACCGGUCCAUUCAAAUAGCAAUACGUUUGAAGGUUGCCAAGUUUAUGAAUUCCAACCCUCUGAUCAAUCCAUUCUCGAAGAUUUAAAUUAUCCAUAUCAAACUUUAUGGUCCUACUAUUGGUUUAUCUACAAUAAAAAGAAAAAGAGAGUAUCAUUUCUUUACCUCACCGCAAUUAAUAAAAUGCAUUUUUCAAUGAUCAACCGAAAUAGAGGCCCAUCUUUCAGCAGACAAGAGAGAGAAAAAUAUGGCUCUAAUCUUAAUGAAGAUGAUGAUACAGAUGUGCAUUUUGAGGAGGAAGACGAUAUUUACAAUAAAAUAAAUAAUGAAUUAAUAUGA